CUGACGUGAAGCUCGAUGUUUUUUACUUUUGGGAAUUAGGUUGUUUUCAACCGAAAUUUACCAUCUUUACAAUAUACCUUAUACUGCACAAUGGCCAAUAUAGAUGACCUUUUCAAGGCAUCUGGCGCCGGCAGCAAGCGCAAGCUAGAUCCUCUCCGCGACCCCAGUGAAAUUUACAAGUCUGCCCGUCUGUCAUCCAACGGGACCGGCAGUCGUCAUGCGAGCGUUGAAGAAACUGCAGAAUUAGACGACGACGAUGCCGAGGCAGGACCUGCACUUCCACCCGACGAAGAGGACGAGUUCGGGGGCAGCGGACUAACACGACAAGAGGAAGACGCGCUUGACUAUAUCGAUGCUCUUGACCCUACCAACGACCAACAACCUCUGAAGUUCGACAACGCAUGGUUACGGAAGACUGCGAUCAACUUCGAGAAGUGUAUAAAUAAGAAUGCCGAGCUACGUGCGAAAUACGAGAACGAGCCGGCAAAAUUUGCCGAUAGCGAGAAUAGUCUCGAUCAAGAGAUCAGAAGCUUAUCUAUCUUGUCUGAACACCCGGAGCUAUACACUUUGUUUGUGAACUUGGGUAGCGUUGCGAGCUUGGUUGGCCUUUUGGCACAUGAAAAUACGGAUAUUGCGAUCGAUGCUGUGGAAGUUAUCAACGAACUAACGGACGAGGAGGUUGUGGCCGACGACGAGCAGUGGGAUACGCUCGUCGACGCCCUUCUAGAAGAUGAUCUACUAGGGUUACUGGUCUCGAAUUUCGAGAGAUUUGACGAGAAGGAAGAGGCCGACCAGAAGGGUGUUUAUUACGCCCUAGGAAUAAUAGAGAACCUAUGUAGCGGUAGAACGGCUACGAAAGAGAAGUUCGCGGAAAACGACAAGCUUCUCAAGUGGUUGUUGCGACGAAUACAAGCCAAAGAGCCCAAGGUCAGCCAGAACAAGCAGUACGCGGCCGAGAUUCUGGCAAUCUUGAUGCAGGACUCUCCCCCAACCCGAACAAAGCUGGCUAGCUUAGAUGCUAUGGAGAUUCUUCUCCAACUCUCGUCAGCCUACCGAAGACGUGACCCCGAAAAGGGGGGCUACGAAGAGGAGUAUAUGGAGAACCUAUUCGAGGCUCUGGCGUCUCUCGCCGACGAACCCGAAGGCAAAACCAAAUUUGCGGAGGCUGACGGCCCAGAGCUAUGCUUGUUGAUGCUGAAGGAUGGGAACAAGAGCAAGGCCUCCGCACUACGACUCCUCACUCACGCCGUAGGGGGUUCCGGUGCAGCAGGAGUCGAGGUGUGUCAAAAAGUCGUCAAGGAUGGCGGACUCAAGACCCUGUUCACCAUGUUCAUGAAGAAAAAGAAUGAUAAAGUUACUAUGGAGCUACUAAUUAGUAUUUUUGGGUCUAUGCUACGGCUGUUACCCGCCGACUCGGACGAGCGAAUCCGAGCGUUAGCCAAGUUCGUCGAGAAGGAUUACGAGAAGACGAUUAAGCUAUUUAAAAUAAGAAGGGACUAUGCAGCACGCAUGAACGAGGUAGAAGGGGAAAUCGAGGAAGAGAAACGAACUCACGACCGUGACUGGUUGGAACUUCAGGACGGCGAGUGGUUUCUACGACGACUUGAUGCCGGUCUGUUUUGUCUACAAACGAUAGACGUCAUACUAGCUUGGCUGAUCGCAGAGGAUGAGGGCGCGAAGAAGACGAUUCGUAAACUGCUGGCGGACCAAGAUGAGACGUUCGAAGUUAUUAGGAAUACCCUGCAAGAGCAGAUCAAGGGGAUUGAAGAAGCCAACGACACGAAAGACAAGGAUCCAUGGGACCUCAAGGAGAUGCUUUUGACACUGGUGGAAUUCCUUCAGUAAUCGGGACGGACAAGUAGCAUGUCUCAUAGCUUCGGGAUGAAUCAAUUGAUCAACGAUGCGUUUCAUGCCGACUGUUUAGCGACAUACUCAGCUACCCCGUAUCUUAUAUUAACAGACAAGCUUCUCACAGCUAGCAACACCAAUCCUCCACCAUUCCAGGUUUCCUUCCAAACUUUUGGCAUUGAUACUAGCACUAGAGAUAGUACUGAAUAAUACGUAAUGCGGCUAG